AUGCCAAUUUUCACAUCCAAAGCCUUGGGUUUCCUUCUCUUAAUCAUGAUCCAAUAUCUAUUACUCCUGUGUAAUCCCAGCAAAGCCGAAGACCCCUUCUACCAAUUUUGUGAAAAUACAGCUAGUUACAGAGGCAAUACCACUUUCCAAUGGAACUUGGAAGAAGUCUUCUCUAUUCUAACUGCAAAUGCUGGUACAUCGCCCUUCCUUUAUAGGGAGAAAGGUGAAGACCCAGAUAUUGCCCAUGCCCUCUACCUUUGCAGGGGAGACGUUACUGGGGAAGUUUGCAAGAAGUGCAUCCAUGAGGCCAGUCAAGAAAUCACACGAAGGUGCCCUAACAGGACAUCUAUUAUAUGGUACGAUUCAUGUAUGUUACACUACUCAGAAAAGAGGAUCUACUCAGUUUACGAUCCGACAGAUAAAUCAUUAAAAGGAUUUAACACGUCGAAUACAGAAAACGUUACGGACCCAAAUGGGUUCAAUCUGGUCUUGGAUGGUUUAAUGGCUAAGCUUGUGAGAGAUGCAACCGAAAUCCCUUGGAGGCCUAUGUUCGCGACUGGGGAAGUGAAAUUUACGAGCUUUCAGACGAUAUAUGGGCUUGUACAGUGCGGCCAGCAUUUGGCAAGAGAUGACUGCAAAAAUUGCUUACAACAUGCUAUCUCUGAGAUUCCGUCAUGCUGCAAAAUGGAAAGCAAGGUGGGAGAGUUUUAG